AUGUCGGAUUCACAGACCAGAAGAUUAAAUGAUUUAGAUUGUAUAGAGAAGUUAUAUUUUGUCCUGUCCGGUCUGUCCAUAUUGGUUACCAUCAGCCUCUCCAUUUUCAAGAUGACCACUAUAAGCAAGUCCGAUUCUGACUUUACCUUCUCAAUCGUACUCAUAAGGAAUGCAAUUUUCUGUACGUUCUAUGUGGUGCAUGGUUUAUUAAAAGAACGGGCGUAUGAAAUAGUUAUAUUUAUGAUAGCUAUAUUUGGUAUAUUACUGUACAGUAUAACGCUGCAAGAGAAUAAGGUGGGAUCGUGGAUAUUUAUUAUUGUAGCUCCAGCAGAACCAGCAUAUGUUAUAUUUAAAAUGUCAACACAGGAAGCUGGUACAGCACAAGGUGAUUUAGUAGGAGCAACCAUAGCAGCUGGUGUUUUAGCUCUAGUAACUCGAAGCGUAUUGAUGGUUUUAUUAUAUUUCGUUUAUAGAAAUUACGGCAAAGGUUUAAAAGAAAAAGCGGAGUGGUAG